AUGAAAAUAUUGCAAAUUAUAAUCAUUUUAAUAGAAAUCUAUAAAAUCAACGAAUUGUACAUAACAGUAAAUACAUGCACUCGCAUUACCCGACAUGGUUAUCCUUGUGAGCAACACACAGUUGCUACCAGUGAUGGCUACUUGCUGACUGUGUUUCGUAUACCACAGUCUUUCAGCAGUGAAGGGACAAAACAUGCCACAACUCCCGCUGUAAUUUUGAUGAAUUGUUUAUUUGGUACUUCCGAUUUAUGGAUUAUCAACGAUCCCAAUAAUGGUUUACCCUUUUUAUUGGCCAAUGCAGGCUAUGAUGUAUGGCUGGGUAAUUCACGUGGCAAUUUGUAUUCCCAAGACCAUAUGAGCUUAAACUCAAAAUCGCAAGAAUUUUGGGAUUUCUCAUUGGAUGAGAUAGGCCAGAUAGAUGUGCCAGCGAUUAUUGAUUAUAUCACUGAAAAGGUACAGCAGCUCAAACUUCAUUAUGUGGGCUACUCGCAAGGCGGCAGCGUGUUUUUCAUGAUGUUGGCCACUAAGCCCAGCUAUGCGGAUAAAAUAAAAACUUCACAACUUCUGGGCCCUGGAGUAUUUAUGUGUUAUGGCCAAUCACCCCUAGUUAAACCGUUGGCUCAAAUCUUGGGCCGACCCUUUGCAGCCAAUUUUCUAGCCAACAUGUCCACCCAUGCCAGUGAUAAAAUAAUUCGUGCCCUUACAACCACAUUUUGCCAAUUUCCCCUGCUAGCUGACUUGUGUGGGGCCGUGAUGAAUUUGCUGGCUGGUUGGGGAAGUCCUUAUCUGAAUAAGGAUAUUUUGUUGGAUUUUUUACAAACCAUGCCCGCCACCAUCUCCAUUCGUCAGUUGAUGCAUUAUUUCCAAUUCCUUGUUUCUUGUGAGUUCAGGCCUUACGAUUUUGAUGUUGAGAGAAAUAUGCUCAAAUAUGGAAUGUCACCACCUGCUGCCUAUAACCUGCAAAAUGUUCAUCUGCAACAUCCCAUCGAUAUAUAUUUCAGUGACAAUGACUUCUUUGUAUCCACUCGCGACAUAGAACACCUUUUUCAUUUGCUAGGUGAUCGAGCAUCCUGGCAUCGUGUGAUAUAUGCCAAAUUUAAUCAUUUCGACUUUAUUUUGGCCAAAAACGUUCGAGAGGUUAUAAACGAUUGUGUUCUGGAGAAAAUGGAAAAAUAUGAAAAUAGACCCUCUAAGAGCGGCAAAUGCUAUGAUAAUAAAUUGCAACAGCAUCCGGUGACAACUAAAUGUGGAACAAAAACUGUUGCACGUAAAAUAAAAGCACCUAAGUGCAAGCAACGCUUAUGUGUGUACUCACACACCACACCAAUGCAAAUGCUCAGCCACAUUCAUGUCAUGGAUGCCACAGAGUAA